AUGAACGCCCCUUUGCGUCCUGCGCCGGACCUGCCGGUGGACUAUUGCCUCUUAUCUGCGAUCGACGCCUCUUCUCCCUCUUCUACCUCCUCUUCGUCUUGUUCAUCUUCCGCGUCUCCUCUCUCGUCUUUUCCUUCUGCCUUUCCCGCUUCGGUUGCUCCACGGGCUCUGGGACGACGGCGAGAGGAGGCUGCCUGCACUGGGCGGCGAGGUGUGCUCGCGUCUGAAAGGCCUUCUCGGAAAAGAGACAGCACGCGCUACCGUCCCCUCGGUUGCGAGCAUGGAGAUUUGCGGGCUGUCAAGGGCGUCGAAACGCACACGCAAGCCUCAGAGGAUGAAGUUGUGAUGUCAAACGAACGCACCAUGGAGUGGGACCAUCCGCCGGCGGUCUCGAGUGCGGACUACGAGGAGGCCGUCGACGACGCGCCUGUCCUCAGGAGCCUCGCGGGCCGAAGGGGAAUCUGCGCAGAAGACGGCAACUGCCUGCAGCGCUUCUGCGCGUGGUUCUCGCGAAUGUGCUGUGGGGUCCAGCCUCAGUACCGCGAACGCCUGCUCUAUCUGGACGGUCGGACGAUUCCUCAGUAUUUCCCGAGCAAUGCCAUCAAGAACACCAAAUACAACAUUUUCACCUUUCUUCCCAUGGUCUUGCUGCAACAGUUCAAGUUUUUCUUCAAUUUGUUUUACCUCGCAGUCGCCUUGGCGCAACUGCUUCCACUCCUGCAGGUCGGCCCUCUCUUCACCUACCUCGCACCUCUCGUCUUUGUUCAGUUUGUCACGAUCGCCAAGGAAGCGUACGACGAUUACAAGCGAUACGUUCGCGACCGCGAGAUGAACGAACAGGGAUACAAGCGUUUGACCCCCGAAGGACCGAAGGACGUUGCCGCAGCGCAGAUCGAAGUCGGGCACAUUAUCCAAAUUGAGGCAAACCAGCGAGUGCCGGCGGAUGUGAUUUUCCUGCGCACGACCGACAAGUCGGGGAGUUGUUUCAUUCGCACUGACCAACUCGAUGGGGAAACGGACUGGAAGCUGAGACGAGCUGUGCACUGCACUCAACGGCUGAGUUCGCCGAGCGAUUUGUGUCGAGCGUCAGGCUGGUGUCACGUGGAGGCGCCUCGCCAGGACAUUGACGAAUUCAUGGGGAAAUUUGUGCUGACGCAUGCGCCGUCUCCGUCCUCUCCACUUACGGUUUUCUCGGGCGAGGACAGUUCCUUAGUCGAGGGUGGAGAGACCGAAGGCGAGAGCAGGCUCGAGGCCGGGGGACUGGAGGGAGGCCGCGCGAAAAGGGAGAAGACGGAGAAGAAAAGAGGCGGUGACGAGGAACAGCUUACAGUUUCGACGCAUGACGGGAGAGGCAGUCGAGACGGCGAACAACCGAUCGUCGAAGGCCUGACCCUCGACAACGUUCUCUGGGCCAACACCGUCGUUGCAUCAGGCUCGGUUCUCGGCCUCGCGAUCUAUACCGGGAAAGAGACGCGCGCGACGAUGAACGCCUCGCAGGCCACGAUGAAGGUUGGCCAGUUUGACUUGGAGGUGAAUUUGAUGAGCAAAGUUCUCUUUGGAAUUCUCGCCCUUUUGGCCUUUGUCCUCGUCGCGCUUCGUCGGCUCGAAGGCAUCUGGCCGAUCUACUUUCUGCGCUUCGUUCUUCUCCUGUCGUCCAUCAUCCCGAUCUCCCUCCAAGUCAACCUGGUGAUGGCCAAGACGCUCUACAGCAUCUUCAUCAUGCGCGACCGGAAAAUCAAAGACACUCUGGUCAGGACGUCGACGCUGCCCGAGGAGUUGGGCCGCGUCGACUUUCUUUUGAGCGACAAAACGGGGACGUUGACGCAGAACGAGAUGUGUUUCAAGCGGCUGCACAUCGGCCGUGCCAUGUUCGCCGAGGAAGGCCUCCAGGAACUGAAAACCUUUCUGGAAAACCACUUCCUCCGCUCCCACGCUGUCUCCCCCUCCGACAACGGCCCUCCAGCCGGGCGAGACAGAGGUCGAGAAGAAAUCGGGGGGAGACGAGGCGAAGUAGCCCAUGCAGCUGUCGAGGCUGUGCGCGCUCUGAGUCUGUGCCACAACGUUACCCCCGUGAAAGAAGGCGACAGCCAGAUCAUCUUUCAAGCAGCGUCACCGGACGAAGUCGCGUUGGUGAGCUUUGCGCGAGACAUGGGCGUCAAACUCGUUCAUCGAGACGAGCACUGCAUCCGCCUCGAGGUCCCCGGAGGCGCGACGCUCGAGUACACGGUCUUGACGUGCUUCCCCUUCAGCUCGGAGUCGAAGCGCAUGGGCAUCAUUCUGCGCGAAGUCGCCACGCAAAAGAUCUUCUUUUUCGUAAAGGGUGCCGAGGCAGUGAUGAUUCCGCGCCUGCAGCCGAAGGGAUCCCACUGGCUGCAGGAGGAAUGCGAUAACUUUGCGCGCCAGGGACUCCGCACGAUUGUCUUGGCGCACAAGGAACUCGACGAGGCGCAGUAUGAGCUGUUCGCCUCGCGGUACGCCGCCGCCCGAGCAGCCAUGACGGAUCGGCAGGCCAGGGUCAGAAGAGAAAUCGAGAGACUCGAAGAAGACCUGAAACUCCUCGGCCUCACCGGCGUCGAAGACAAACUCCAGAAUGACGUACCGGCGACUCUCGAGGCUCUGCGGCACGCAGGCGUGAAAGUGUGGAUGCUCACUGGCGACAAGGUGGAGACAGCCACGUGCAUUGCGGUCUCCGCGGGACUGAAGGCUCGACAGCACUCGCUAACGAUUCUCUCCAGUCAAGAUAUUCGCACGCCUUCUCAGACGCAGGAAGCUCUCGAGCGUUUCGCGAUGGGGCCCAGCGAGAGUGUCCUCGUCGUCGACGGUCGCGUGCUGGGUUGUGCGCUCCAGCACUUUCCGCACUACUUUGUGCGAGUCGCGGCACAGGCGCCUGCAGUCGUUUGCUGUCGGUGUUCGCCGACCCAGAAGGCCGAAGUCGUUCGCUACGUCAAAAAAUUCACCGGGCGCCGAGCAUGUGCCGUCGGCGACGGCGGAAACGACGUCUCGAUGAUUCAGGCAGCCGAUGUCGGCAUCGGGAUUGUGGGGAAAGAGGGGCGUCAGGCCUCUUUGGCUGCCGAUUUCAGCAUCACGCAGUUCGCGCACCUCCGCCGGUUACUGCUGUGGCACGGCCGGAACUCGUACCAGCGGAGCGCGAAACUCGCGCAGUUUGUCAUCCACCGAGGUCUCAUCAUCGCGUUUAUCCAGGUCAUCUUCUCCGCCAUCUUCUACUUCAUUCCUCUGGCUAUUUUCCAGGGUUGGCUCCAAGUCGGCUAUGCGACGUACUACACGAUGGCGCCUGUCUUCUCUCUCGUCCUCGACGUCGAGCUGCCAGAGAACGUCGUCUUUAUGUUUCCCGAGCUUUACCAAACGCUGAAAAACGGACGCGUUCUGAGCGUCAAAACCUUCUUCGGCUGGGUGUGGAAGUCGAUUUACCAGGCGGCUGUGGUCAUGAUGGGGGCGAUCGCCUUGUUUGAAAAUUCGUUUAUGAACAUUGUCAGCAUCACCUUCACCGCGCUCAUUCUAGCAGAGCUCCUGAAUGUCGCCUCGGAGAUUCAGACCUGGCACCCUCUCAUGAUCGCCUCGGAAAUUUGUACCGUCAUGAUCUACAUCUUCUCAAUGUUCAUCUUGAGAAGCUACUUCGACAUCACGUUCAUCAUGACCCUCACGUUCUGGGCGAAGGUUUCAGCCGUCACGCUCGUCUCGUGGGUUCCGAUUCAAAUCUUCAAAGCUGUGAAAAAGACGCUUCAGCCCCCUCAGCAUGCAAAGCUCGCGUCCCUAUGA